AUGAAGUCUUCGUUUCAACUGUUGACUCUUCAUAAACUGCGUGUCUCUAGGUUAUACUAUCGAUCUUGGAGACGUGUUGCCUUACACCAUGGGACACAUGAACACCUGAGGCGGGGAUUAUUUACGCGCCACUCGAUAGGGAAACAAGCUGUGCAGCAAAGAACCAUCGUUACCUCGAGUCUGAGUUAUGCCGAGGGACCACAAGAACCACCACUUAUAACCGUCACAAUUCCAGAGCACUUCCGCUCCAUAGUUUCUCAACAUGGUGACAAACCAGCAGCUAGAUUCCGGCUCCCACAACCCAGUCAAUCACCUGACCCACUCUCCCCGGAGCCCGGGAGCAUAACCUUAACCUAUGAGGCUCUCGACAACCAGUCUAACGCUUUAGCACACUCUCUAAGGUCUCAAGGUGUCAAGAAAGGCGACCGAGUAGCCCUCAGUCUUGGCAACGUCGCCGAGCACGUUGUGGCAACCUACGCCAUCUUUAAACUAGGUGCUAUCCUCGUCCCGCUAAACCCAACUUUCAACGAGAAACAGCUCGUCACCGCCCUCUCUCACCUCCGCGUCUCCGCUCUAAUCAUCAGCGCCGUCACAGACUUAGCCUACAAGCCAUGCCGCGGCCGUAGCAACCACGCCCUCCUAAAAGCACUCAUCCCCGAUCUCGCAAAAAGCGGUGGCCGAAUCGAGUCCCCCAGCGUACCCACGCUGCAAUCCGUAAUCAUAGUCGACAACGCGCCCUCCCACCCACACGCCGGCUUCCCCCCUCUAAAAGACCUACCCACACUAAUCCCCUACUCCUCCCUCGCCCCCCCUUCAACCCUCCCCCACAACCCCGUGGUCCCAGACACGCCCCUACACCCCUCCGACACGAUAAACAUCCAAUUCACAUCUGGCACCACAUCCGCCCCAAAAGCAGCCAUGCUAACCCACGCCAACAUCCUCAACAACGGCCGCCUCAUCGCACAACGCAUGGGUCUCCUCCCCAACGACCGCAUCGUCUGUCCACCCCCCCUAUUCCACUGCUUCGGCUGCGUGCUCGGGCUCCAAGCCACCGCGACAACCGGCGCCGCGAUCUUAUUCCCGUCCCCGGCGUUCGAUCCCGCUGCUGCGCUGUUGAUGGCGACGGAACAUGAUGCUACGGGGUUGUAUGGUGUGCCGACUAUGUUUGCUGCGGAACUGGAGUUGCUUUCUUCGCCGGCUUUCGUGGAUAGACUGCGGUCAGCAGCACCAUCAAGAGGUGAUAACGGUAAAUUAACCCUCUUCCCAAACCUUCGCAAGGGUAUUGCGGCCGGUAGCUCCGUCCCGGAACCCCUGAUGCGACAGCUCAACGCUAGGCUCGGGCUGCAGGACCUGGUUAUCUGCUAUGGGAUGACGGAGACCAGUCCCGUGAGCCUGAUGACGAGCCCGGCGGACCCCCCGGCGAAACGUGUGGGGACCGUGGGGAUGGUGAUGCCGCAUACGCGGGUCAAGAUCGUGGAUCGACGCGACAGCACGCGUGUGCUUCCGCGGGGCGAGUGUGGCGAGCUGGCGGUUUCGGGGUAUCUUCUUAUGAAGCGGUAUUUCGACGACCAGGCUCGGACCGAUGAGGUUAUGAUUGAGGAAGGUGGGGAGGAGGAGAAGGAGGGGGAGGUGUGGAUGUACACAGGGGAUGAGGCGCGUAUGGAUGAGCAGGGUUACGUUGAGAUUACGGGACGGAUUAAGGAUUUGAUUAUUCGGGCUGGGGAGAAUAUACACCCGCUUGAGAUCGAGGAGGAGAUUAUGCGGCAUGAGCUUGUGCGUGAGGCGAGUGUUGUGGGGGUGCCGGAUGAGAAGUAUGGAGAGGUUGUUGCUGUGUUUGUUGCUGUGCAUGGGGAUGUGAAGACUGAUGAGGCGGAGGAAGUGCGUGAAGAGAAGGUACUGUCGAAGGAUGAGGUGAAGGACUGGGUUAGGAAACACCUUUCCGGUCAUUUAGUGCCGAAGUAUGUCUUUUGGACUGAUGAGUUUCCCAAGACUGCGAGUGGGAAGAUACAGAAGUUUAAACUGCGAGAGCUUGCUAAGGAUUUGAUCUCUAAGGCGUCCUGAUCUGACAGAGGCGGGUUUAAAGCGGGAGCUGGAUACUGGGAUCUACAUGAGUGUGUUAGAAUCGCAUUUUGAGGAAUAGGUAGACUUCAUAUCACAAUAUUAUCAAC